CGAGAAUUCACAGUCAAGACAAAUGGUUGUCAGAAUAUACGAGAUCUGGAUCUGAUCCAGAUCGGGUCUUGGUACAGUAGAAAGAUAUCACUGACCUCACUCAGACACGUCCCGAUGACUCCAACCACCCGGGCCGGGUUUUGGAGCUUGGCAAUGGUGCAGAUGAAUGGGAUGCACACCUAACACACCGCAGGCUAGUCCCUCCAGCUGCAAUCCAUAUCCGGGUCGGCAGACGCCCUUCGACCCGCAACAAGUGAUCGAUCCUCUGCUGCCACACGACCGCCCGCCGGACUAAUAAAUAAGCUACCAACGCCCUCCACAUAACAUGCCCCCCCAGACAUCCUGAACAGUGCGGAUGCGGAGAGGCCAUACCACAGACCAGGCCUGCCCAAACUGCCCCUCCGUCUCGCGUCCCCUUACCGUACACGAUUUCUGGACGCUUACUACGCCAGAAUGACUCAGAUAAUCUGAACUUUCUUCCAUUUCCAAUCCAAUACAGAGUUUGUCACCUUAUGGCCGCUACUCUCAACCUCUCCUCCCCUUGUUUCAUGCGCAAUUGCGUCCUACACCCGGCCAAGUGUAUAAAGCCCGCCGUCAGCCGUCGUUUUGUCACUUGAAGAUGGUGUCCGCUGUGCCCUCAUUGGCAGUUUCUCAAGAAAGGGUUUCCAAGUGACCGUUUCACUCACCUUGAAUUAUAAACAGCGACCUAUCAGAUCACAUCGCCAUUGAGGUCCACAUCAUCAGCAUUAAAAGAGGCCUUGCUACUCCGUACUUCUGUUGACCUCCAACAUGCCUGGAAGGACGAGCAUGUCGACCAGCCCCAGCGAGGCCAGCUCCUACCUGUCGGCCCACGCCAGGAAGAUCGGCUUUCCCAAGUCGGACAUCCAGAUCCACCUCAAGAACCACUGGAAGACCAAGACAUACACCUCAUCUUCUGUCGUGUCCGGGGACGUCACCAUCAGUACCCAGAGGGACGUGCGGUUUGACACCAUCGAGGUCAUCCUGCUCGGCUCUGCCAAGACCAAGACAGAUGGCUACAGCGCCCCCCAUGAGUCCACUUACACCUUCUUGAAACUGAUCAUGCCCAUCCCGGAGUCGGUGUAUCCGGUACCGCGGGUCCUCGAGGGCUCGAGGACGCUGACCGUCCCCUUCCAUUUCGUGCUGCCCAACUUCCUUACCAUCGGCGCCUGCACGCACAAGGUUGAGUCUGACCACAUCAGGGGCCAGCACCUGUGUCUGCCACCCUCAAUGGGCUCAUGGGCCCGGGGAAACUGGGAGAAGGAUGAUCUGUCCCCACAGAUGGCGGACAUCGAGUACACCAUCAAGGCCCGGGUCUGGAAACAGCCGGAGCUGCACGCGCGGCCCAUCAAGAUCAUGGAAUCCGUCAAGCCAAUCCAGGUCCUCCCCACGUUCCCAGAAGACGCCCCGCUGAGCAUCACCAAGAACGAUCGCCUGUACUGCAUGAGCAAAACCAAAUCCAUCCGCAAGAACCUGCUCUCGACCAAGCUCGGCAAGCUCACCGUGUCCGCAGAGCAGCCCAAGGCCAUAAUGCUGCGGCCCGACGGACAGCUCUCGACCGGCACCACCGCCCAGAUCGACCUCAAGUUUGAGCCCGCAUGCGCGGGCGCGGCGCUGCCCAAGGUCACAGCAGUCUCAUCCAAGAUCACGGCCCACACCUACUUCUCAGCCGGGCCCAUCAGCUCGCAGCCAAACAUGGGCGACUUCAUCAAGCCGGGCAUCUCGGACCGCCGCGGCGUCUACUCGACGUCCGUCACCCUCCCGGCGACGGCACCGCCCCCGGGAGCCCAGGCGUGGACCGCGCACCAGGCCCGGCGCGACUCGGGCUACUUCACCGACACGGCGCCCGAGACCACGGCGUCGGAAGGCGAGGAGGACGACGACAGACAGCGGCGCCAGCGGAGCCGGCGCCGGCGCACCUCGACCACCAUCGCGAACCUCGUGCGGCCCUCGAGGCAGCAGCACCAGAGCCAGAACCAGAGCCAGUCCCCGCCGCGCCCCUCCCCCUCCUCCGUCUACCACACCUCCACGACGCACGUCCCCGUCGCGCGGCUGCCCACGGGCAAGAAGUUCUUCGUGCCGACGUUCCACUCGUGCAUCACGUCGCGCGUCUACACGCUGCACGUGGCGCUGCAGGUGGCCGGGUCGGCGGGGAGCGGCAACACGACGCUGUCGCUGGACCUGCCGCUGCAGAUCGGGGUGGAGCCCCCGGUGUCGCCCGCGGGCGGCGGCGGCACGCGGCUGAGGGGCGAGGCGGCGAGGGGGGAGGAGGCGCUGCCCAGCUUUGAGGACGCGGUCGAGGAGGCCGCCGUGGACGAGUUCUUCCGGCCGCGGGUGCUGAGCGUGCCCGAGGUCGCGUUCAUGGAGACCAGUGUUCUGCCUGGGUAUGGGGUCAGGUGAUUGGGUCUCGAGACUUGGUCUGACCUGUUCACAUGUUCUUUUUCUUCGUUUUUGGUCCUUUGCUGGUGGGAUUCCGUUUCGUGGGUCUGGUUGUUUUGGAUUGGUCCAGAUUGCUUCCAUCCAAGCCAUCUUCAUAGUUCUUUUUUGGGAUUCUUGUGUGUUAACUUUUGAUACCCCUGUGCUCGGGUGUGUUGGCCCCACGGAAUUCAACCCGGUGGGUGCCGGACAGAAGGAAGCAUUGGCGUUCUGUGUCUUCCUCGUUACUGCUGCACGCUGCAGUGCGAUGAUAUCUGUGGUUUCUUUUUUUCCCCCCUCGAGGUACUCCACGACUACCCGGCGCAAGGUGAUGCCAAUUUCGGUAAAACGCAGAUUGUACU